UCUCUUUCUCUCUCGUCCUGUCUCCUGUAUUCUUCCUUUCUGGACUUCUCUUCUAUGUUGCUCUGAUGGAUAUGUCGAGGAUCUUUCUGUUUCUUUCUCUUGUGGUCCAGCAGAGUUCAGCUGAAGAAGUUAUGCUGCUGGAUACUACAGAGUCCACUGCUGAACUAGGCUGGACUACGUAUCCUGAUACAGGGUGGGAUGAGGUGAGCGUGUUAGAUGACAAGGGGAAACUCAUGCGCACCUUUGAAGUCUGCAACGUCAAUCAGAACCCCCGUCUCCAAGACAACUGGCUGGCCACGCCCUUUCUGUACCGACAGUCGGCUCCGAGGAUCUUCGUGACGCUUCGCUUCUCGGUUCGCGACUGCGCCAGUUUACGUUCGCCCUCCCCGACAUGCAGAGAGACGCUGACACUCUACUACAAACAGGCCGACUCUCAGAGAGAGCUGGAGCGAACAUGGGUAGCUGAACCUUCAAGUGGAGAAACGAGAGAGGGCUGGGUGAAGGUCGACACCAUCGCAGCGGACAAGAGCUUCAGCCGCGUGGAGCCGAGUCUACCUCACCAGUACAAAUCUGAAAGCGCACGGCGGAUCAACGUGAAAACCCGGAGCUUUGCUCCUCUUACACGCAAAGGGUUUGUGUUAUCAAUAGUAGAUAGCGGAGCGUGUGUAUCGCUCAUGGGUGUGUCAAUAUUUUAUCGCCGCUGCCCAGCAACCAGUCGAUACCUGGCCUUCUACCCAGCCACGCCCUCGGGGGCGGAGCCCACUUCUCUGGUUCCGGUGACCGGGGCAUGUGUACCUCAUAGCCAAUCGCAAGCUGGGACGCCACCAAGAAUGCACUGUAACACGGAGGGUGAAUGGCUGGUGCCUGUCGGAGGAUGCACGUGUGAUGCGGGAUACGAGCCCAACUUUAAUGGCUCAGCCUGUUUGGCAUGUCCAAUUGGGUCCUAUAAAGCGCUUGCAGGCUCUGUCUCCUGUACAGAGUGCCCGGCUAACAGUAGAACCAGUUCUGAGGGCUCUAAGCUUUGCGAGUGUCGAAGUGGGUUCUACCGCGGGCCCACCGAUGCUAAUACCACAGCCUGUACAAGUCCUCCAUCAGCACCCGUAUCAGUGUCCUGGGAGUAUGAGAGCUCCGAGGGUGGGGUGUCGCUGCGCUGGAGACCACCCUCGAACAUGGGGGGUCGGAGUGAAGUGUGGUACGGGGUGGUGUGUCGAAUUUGCCCAUCUGCCACUAACACCCCACCCAGCAUGUGCUCGUGGUGUGGAGAGACGGUCACCUUUUCACCCUUUAAAACCGGCCUAAAACAGACUAGGGUCACCCUCAAAAACCUGCUCACUAGAGUCACCUAUCUCAUACAGGUUCAAGCAAUGAAUGAAGUAUCGGCACUGAGUCCCUUUCCACCUCAGUUUGCAAGCAUCAACUUCACCACCAGCCAAUCAGUGCCUUCUGAGGUUCCAAUGCUGCACCAGUUGAGCAGAGUUCAAGACUCCAUCACACUGUCAUGGCCUCAACCUGACCGGCCAAAUGGCGACAUCCUGGAAUACCAGCUUCGAUACUACGACAAGGGUUCUGAUGAGGACAGUGCUGUGAGUGUGUUCAGUGAAACUAACACUGUGACUGUUGGAGGUUUGAUUCCCGGCUCUAUCUACGCCUUCCAGAUACGUGCUAGAAAUGAGAGAGGCUAUGGGCCCUACAGUAAUACCAUUUACUUCAGCACAUUAGCAGUGGAGGAGCAAUCCAAACAAAUUCAGAACCGCCUGCCUCUUAUGGUUGGAUCAGUGAUGGGUGGAGCGGCAUUUCUUUUAGUUGUAACAGCAAUCAUCAUCGUGUUUGUGUUUAGAAGCAAAAGGAGAGAGAGCCCUUAUAGUGACAGACUGCAGAGAUACAUCAGUAACAGAGGUGGAGUGAAAUAUUACGUGGAUCCCUCUACUUACGAGGACCCCAGUGAGGCGGUCAAAGAAUUUGCACGAGAAAUCGACCCCGCUCACCUAAAGAUUGAAGAGGUCAUUGGUGCUGCUCAGUUUGGCGAGGUGUCCCGCGGUCGGUACAGACCACUGGGACGUAGAGAGGUGUUGGUUGCUCUUAAGACUUUACGUUGGGGGGUGACAGACCGUGAAAAGAACGUGUUUCUCAGCGAGGCAGGCGUCCUGGGCCAGUUUGACCACCCCAACGUACUGAAGCUGGAGGGGGUGAUAACUCGCGCCCCACCUGAACGUAUCAUCACGGAGUUUAUGGAGAAUGGGCCACUUGAUGCUUUUCUGAGGGAAAAUGAAGAUCAGUUCAGCGUGUUGCAGCUGGUAGGAAUGCUGAGAGGUGUUGGGGCUGGGAUGCGUUAUCUUUCAGAGAGGAAUUUUGUUCAUCGUGACCUCGCAGCACGAAACGUUCUGGUGAAUUCCAACCUGGUGUGUAAGGUGUCUGACUUCGGCCUGUCACGUUUAAUGAGGGGUCUGGACCACAACAUGCCCACCUACACUGCUUCGCUGGGCAGUAAGAUCCCUGUACGGUGGACCGCACCUGAAGCUUUCCAGCACCGUAAGUUCAGUUCAGCCAGUGACAUCUGGAGCUUUGGAAUACUCAUGUGGGAAGUCAUGUCAUACGGGGAACGUCCAUACUGGGACAUGAGCAACCAAGAGGUAAUGAAGGCUGUUGUGGAUCAGUACCGCUUGCCUGCUCCAAACGGUUGUCCCCCUGCUCUUCACGCUCUGAUGCUUCAGUGCUGGCAGGCAGACAGACAGGACCGGCCAGGCUUUGAUUCUCUUCUGUCAUCUCUUGAUCGUCUCAUACGGCACCCCGCCUCCCUAAAAGCUGACCACAUCCGUCCCACCCAGCCACUGCUAAGCCCCACCCCUACUGACCUGUCAUCAGUGGUAACGGUCGGUGAUUGGCUGACGGCUCUAAAGAUGGAUCGGUAUAAGGAUGUGUUCGAGAGAGCACAGUUUCAUAGUUUGGAAAGAGUGAGCACGCUCGCAAUGGAGGAUGUUCAGGCUAUAGGUGUAAAUCUAAUUGGACAUCAGCGGAAGAUCGUAAAUGCUGCUAAACAGCUCAGGACACACCUCACUCAGGGACACGUGGAAGUCUAGGGCUUCCCACUUUGUUUUGACUGAACAAUGCACGAUGGGGAUGGAGUCCACACAGCCUGUCAGCCCACAACAACACUUGAAUAGAGAGUGACUGAAGGAGAGGGGUGUUUUAGUACUACUUAUUCACUCAUCUGUCCUUCCUUACUUGCUCAACUGUCUUCCAUAUUCUUACACUUUUUCCCUCUUUUAACGUUGCACUACCUCCCACGUUGUCACGUAUUGGUCCAUUACUUGAUGGCAUUCAGUAUGAACUUACGCCUUAAAUACACAAAGAAGACUUCUUUCACAAUCAAUUGCAUAGACAAUCAGAGAUUUUUAACGUUAUAGAUAUGUCUUUGAUGGGACUUUUGGUCAAUGUUUCAUUUGUAACUACACAGUUUUUUAUUGUUCAAUAUGUCGUCCUGUUUUACAAUGCAAAUAUAUGAACGGCUUUGAAUAACAAACUGGAAUUUUGAAAACAUCAGAAUGGUAACACUUUACUAUAAGUUUGUAUUUCUUAACAUUAGUCAAUGCAUUAGUUAACAUGAACUUCAUUUCUAAUCUUAUUUUGUGUUCAUUUCAGCAAUUACUAAUAUAUUUUAAGAGUUUGCUUGCAAAAAAAGAUAACUCCAUAUUUUUUUUCUUUUAAAAAUCAUGUUUUUUUGUUAUGUUAUCAUUUUUUUAUUGUGUUAGUUAGAUGUAUAUAAGUUUUUACUUAUUUAAAACAACUCAACUGCAGUUUGAUUGAUAUUAAUUUGAAUGCACAAUAAAUAAUGGAAAGAGUAUUUUUAUCAAAAGCUGUAGCUGUUAACAUUAGUAAAUGCACAAUGAACAAACAUGAAAAUUAUAUCACUUAAAAUGCUGAAAAAAUAUUUGAUUUCUGGUAGUUUAUGUUAGCUAAUGCAUUUACUAAUGUUAACAAAGACACCUUAUUGUAAAGUGUCACAUAAUUGUUUCCAAGAAUAUGUCUUGAAUAAUUUUUUGCCCGGUUAGCAAAUUUUUUUUAGUAAAAAAUUUUUUUUAACUGAAACUUUUUAAGUAGUCCUUAGAACAAGAGAAACAAUUGGAAUAAUCCCACUUUAAUUCGAGAUACAUUAAAAAGAAGUGAAAUUAUCUUAACUACAAAUUUAGCUUCACAAGUACAUUUUAAAUUAAAAUCUUAAAGAAAAUUGAACUCUUGUUUUAAGGCCUAUUUUUAAGGAUAGUUUUACUGAAAAAUGUGGAGAAAACAUUUUAUUGCAGUGAAAUCAAUCAAUACUUUAUUUGUUUGCCUAUAGCUGAAAACUCUGUGGCAUAGACUGGUAAAAAUAAUAUACAGGUGUGAAAAGAUUCUCAGAGACAAGAAAGUUUUCGUUUUGUAAGUUAAUUUCACGAUAUGACCUCGGUAGUUCCUUAGGUUUAUCUGAGACCGAUGACAUCCAUGAUUUCACUCGUCUCGGUGACCAACACAAAACACACAAAGGCACAAGUCACAAUCUAUGCUGCUGUGUGCCCAGUCCUAAAAACAUUUCCUAUCACCAGCCCUGAUCUUUUCCCAAGAUAUAUUUAACACAACACAUUAUCUCACUUCUUAAAUGAUGUAGCAUAAAGUAUAUGAGCAUCCUUUGGUAGUUGUUGCAGUAAAUGUGAUUAUUAUGGCUGGUUGACAUGAAAGUGAGAUGUUGUGGAUAUUUUGUGUGUGUGUGACAGACUUUAGUGAAUACAUAAAAACGGGUGUUGUGCUGCUUAAAUUAUGUGAAUGGAUUCCUGUACAUAUGUUAAAAAGGGAGUGUAUGAUCAAGUGGAUGUAUAUUUUGUUCUGUAUGUACAGUUGUUCACCACGAUUCCAACAGGCAAAUUUGUAAAAUAUAUAUGCUUUUCUUUAACAAUGA